CGUCGCGCCACUGAACUCAAGCAUCGUCGUGAUCAUGUCCAUCCAUGAGAGUCUGAGUACAGAAGAUAGAAAAAGGCAUCAUGCUGGCAGAUACUCGACAACCGACUUUUCAACCUCCUCGCACAAUCCGUCCUUACGCCCUUUCCCCGCAUCCAACCCUCAACCAUGGGCUCCCUCGGGAUCAGCGAUCCCUCCUCCGAGUACUCGAUCGUCGAGGAAACAAGCCGACUCGGGCGCAAGAUUCGUAUCAUAGUUAUCGGCUGCGGCGCAAGUGCAAUCAACUUCGCCCAUGAAGUCGACACCAGCUCUCUAGACCUCGAACUCGUCUGCUACGACAAAAACCCCUCGAUCGGUGGCACCUGGUAUGAGAACAAGUACCCAGGAUGUGGUUGUGAUAUCCCCUCGAUCAACUAUCAGUUCUCGUGGGCACCGUCGCCGCAUUGGUCGUCUUUCUACUCGAGCGCCUCAGAGAUCUUACACUAUUUCAAGUCGGUUGCGCAGGACUAUGGACUUAUGAAGUACAUGAACCUAAACUCGAAAGUCGUCGAUGCGCGCUGGGUUGAAGAAGAGCGACAGUGGCAAAUUCAAGUGCAAAAGACGAACUCGGAUACGGUCUUCACGGACAAGGCUGAUAUUCUGAUCAACGCCAGUGGUGUUCUCAACAAAUGGAAAUGGCCCGCCAUUCCCAAUCGUGAGGCCUUCCAGGGGCCGAUGCUACACAGCGCAAACUGGGAUGACAGUAUCCAGCUCGAGGGCAAGCGCGUUGGAGUCAUUGGUUCCGGAUCGUCGGCCGUGCAGAUCGUCCCCAAUAUCCAGCCGCUCGUUUCGUCGCUCAAGUGCUUUAUUCGGAGUCAGUCUUGGGUCACGGCGAGCUUCGGGCAGCGGUUUGCUGGCAAAGGAGGGACGAACUUCAAGUACAACGAAAAGCAAAAGGAGAUCCUCCGGUCAGACCCGGCGAAAUAUCUGGCAUACCGCAAGAAAAUCGAAUCAGAACUGAACUCGCGGUUCCGAUUCAUCCUGAAUGGCUCACAGGAGCAGGCAGAGGCCAGAGCUGCCGCCGAACGCGAUAUGAGAACUCGCCUCGCCAAGAAGCCCGAGAUCGCAGACCUCAUUGUGCCCAAGAACUUCGCCGUCGGCUGCCGUCGUCCUACGCCCGGCGCUGGCUACCUCGAAGCCCUAUGCGAGGACAAUGUGUCUGUGGUCUCGUCGAGCAUUGAGGGAUUCACGACCAAGGGUAUCCGCACAGCCGACGGGGUCGAGCACGAAUUCGACGUGAUUGUCUGCGCCACAGGUUUCGAUGUCAGCUGGAAGCCCUCGUAUCCGACUAUCGGACGGGACGGUCGGAGCCUCAGCAAAGAGUGGGCGGAUAUGCCAAAUACAUAUCUGUCGAUUACUGUGCCGCAUUUCCCGAACUACCUCAUCUUCAACGGCCCCUACGGCCCCUACGGCCACGGCAGCUUCCUCCCGAUAACCGAAACCCUCUCACGCCACUUCAUGCAGAUGCUCACCAAAAUGUCCGAAGAAGGCGUGACAACUUUCGACGUAAAGGAAGCUGCCGUCGCCGACUUCGCCCAGCACCGCCGCCUCUUCCUGCCGCGAACAGCCUGGUCCUCUCCCUGCCGAUCGUGGUUCAAGCAAGGGAAAGUCGACGGCGAGAUCAUGAUGUGGCCCGGGUCAAGGAUCCAUUUCUUUGAGACUAUGAAGGCGGUGCGGUGGGAGGACUACGAUCUCACGUAUACCACGGCGAAUCGCUUCGGUUAUCUGGGGAAUGGGUUUGCGGCGAGGGAGAGUGAUGGUAGGGAUUUGACAUGGUAUCUCGGGCUUAUGGGGGAUGAGGAUGUGCAGCCGGUGUUGGCGGAUGAGGAUUUUGCGGAUUUUAUGGUGCAGUGAUCUGCUUUACUUCCAUAUGUAGUCCAUUUAGUUUAGGUCUACACAAUGCUACUGAGAUUGGAUGUA